GUGUGUGUGUGUGUGUGUGUGGCUGUGUCUGGCUGUGUGUGUGCGUGUGUGAAAUACAAAGGGACUUUCAAAGUGAGAAAGACAGAGACAGAUAUGAGUGACCACAUGUUCUCUCUGGCUCUGUGGACCUAUGCCAACUUCAAAAUGACCUAUAACAAAAUCAGCCUCUCUCUCCCUCUUUUACUCUCUCUCUCUCUGUCUCUCUCUCUCUCUCCCUCUCAGUAGGCACAGCUUUGUGCCCCCGCCUCAUCUUCCAUCUCACCAACUUUCAGCGGCACAAUGUCUUGAACCUGCACCGAGCUCAGAUACCUGUGCUCUCAGGGAGCUGAUGUGAAGGUAAUGAACGUCAGACAGACGGUGGAAAAGCAGAGAGGAGGGGUUAGAUAAGGCAAGAAUGCAAAACUAGAUGGAUCAAACAAAAAGAAAACGCACAGACUGGUGAGGAGGGCUGUUAAAAUAACACACUCACAGAGGAGCCAGAGAGAAAAGUGGGAUUCUGCAGAACAAGGGAUUAACAAAAGCAGAAAGGAGUGACACAGGCCCUGGAAAAUCUGUCAAAUUCCGUCGUCGUCGCCCGCUGGAUGUGUCCACCAUGACCCCGAGUUUGAUAUUACUGCUCCUCAGUCUUCAAGCUUUUGCAGCCAUGGGAGGCAGAGCCCAGCGCCGACAGAGACAAGCUGAGGAGAGCCUGAGACCAUAUAUCGGCAGAGUGGAGCCAGAAAAGCUUUGUGAGUUGCUGAAAUGCCACAGUCCAGUUGGAUCUUGGUGCCAAGUGGUUGAGGAGGACGGAGUCCUGGUCCCCAAGUGUGUUUGUCCUCAGUCCUGUCCCCGGCAGAGGGCACCAGUGUGCAGUGUUCUGGGAAAAACCUACAAGAAUGAGUGUGUGCUGCACAAAGCCGCCUGCAGGAAGAGACGCCGCACUGGACUGGCUCACACAGGCCCCUGUCUGGUCCCCAAGGAUAAAUGCACUGAGGACGAGUUGGGCCAGUUUCCAUAUCGUCUGCUGGACUGGUUUCUGCUCCUGAGUCGAAUGGGAGAGUCCUACACACCUGCUGCCCCCCCUCAGACCUGCCUCAGCCACGCCCAGAGGACGCAACUGGCACAGAAAAGAUUUGCUCUUCUGGACAAGAACAAAGACGGCAAGUUGAGCCGCAGGGACCUGAGGAAGCUGCGUUACAAGAGGAUGCCGCUGGAGCACUGUGCCACGCCAUUCUUUCAGUCAUGUGACCAGAACAAGAACAGGAAGGUGACCCUGCAGGAGUGGACGGCCUGUCUGGUGGAUCGCUCCGAGGCCUGGUUCUUCAAUUUCAUGGCAGUGAGAAUGGGUUCCCGCAAACUGUGUCCAACGAUGAAAGAGCACAACUUCUGACCUGAGAAAAUCAAUCCCUGCAUCUCUAUCGUGCCUGAACAUCAUCACCCUUACCUGAUUAAAAAGGACGUGUCUGCACACGAGGGUCACUCAUCUGUGUCACUCUGCAUUUGUAAUACAGUCAUUUAUCACGUCUC